UUAACAUAGUUAGAAAUUUCUUUUUAUAAACAAUUACUUUAAAUUUACUUAUAGAAUUUAUUUAUUUAUGCCAUCUUGCAAUAUAUUAAUGAUCACGAGACUUAUGCUAGCCGGUACUCAGGCAAGAUUUAAUUUUAACCGCGUUGCAUUCAAUUAUACCAGAGAAAAGCCAUGCUUCGUUUUUAGUGUUGUUCACGCAAAUAUAGGGCUACGGAAAGUUAGCCGAAGUCAACUACGCGAUUCGUUUUCACGUUCGUUUCUAGAUGAAGUCGACGGUCCCGAUUGUGAUUUAACAAGUGCAUAUUGUCAUUCAAAUCUUGUUACUUUUCUGCAACAGGAUUACGACGGACUGAUUGUUCGAUCUGCUACUAAAGUUACCGCUGAAAUCAUCAAUGCUGCUGAUAACCUUAAAAUUAUCGGCAGAGCUGGGACCGGCGUGGACAACGUAAAUGUGGAUGCGGCCACUAAGAAAGGCGUUAUUGUCAUGAACACCCCCAGUGGCAACACGAUCAGUGCCGCUGAACUAACUUGCGCGAUGAUAAUGAGUCUCUCUAGACAUGUACCACAAGCCGUUAUGUCCAUGAAAGCAGGGAACUGGGAUCGUAAGAAGUUCAUGGGUUCAGAGCUAUAUGGGAAAGUUCUUGGAAUAGUUGGACUGGGAAGAAUAGGAAAGGAGGUGGCAGCCAGAAUGCAGUCCUUUGGCAUGAAGACUAUUGGCUACGACCCAAUCACCCCACCUGAGGUCUCUGCCACUUGGGGUGUGGAGCAGAUGUCGCUGGAGCAGAUGUGGCCUCUGUGUGAUUACAUCACUGUGCACACCCCCCUCAUGCCCUCCACCACAGGGCUGCUGAAUGAUGCUUCCUUCGCUAAAUGUAAGAAGGGAGUAAAGGUGGUGAACUGUGCGCGUGGGGGCAUCAUCGAUGAAGCUGCCCUUCUGCGGGCUCUGGAGUCCGGCCAGUGCGGAGGGGCCGGGCUCGAUGUGUUUGAAGAGGAGCCACCGACGAAUCGCGCCUUGGUGGAACACUGUCACGUGAUCAGCUGCCCCCACCUGGGUGCCAGCACCGGAGAGGCACAGGCUCGCUGUGGCCAGGACAUCGGCACGCAGAUUGUGGACCUGCUGAAAGGCAAGGCCUUGACUGGAGCGGUGAAUGGCCAGGCACUGGCCAGCUCAUUCUUUCCAGAGUCCCACCUCUGGAUCAGACUGGGAGAGGCUCUAGGGGCAGUCCUGAGAUCCCGCAGUCCAUCAAACCUGCCUUUCACUCAAGUUGAAAUAACAACCAUAGGGGAAUCACUGAAACGUUUCUCAGACCUACUAAGUUCAGCCACAUUGAUGGGCUUAUUAAAGGACAGUUCGAAGAAUGGCCCCAACCUCAUCAAUGCAUUAACCAUUGCAGAGGAGGUGGGAAUUAAGGUCAAAAAAAACCACAGUGAUGGUGCCCCAGCCGUGAGACAGACAGCAUGUGUAAUAGAUUUGUCCAUCAGUGGCACCAGCUUCAAGGCCACUGGUUCGGUCCAGGGUGAAAUCCCAGUUCUGGUGGAACUGGCCGGGAGUCGGUUUUGGCAGCCCGUUCCUCUUUCUGGGAAUCUGCUGUUUCUCAAAGCUGCUUCCGCCCCUCUGCUUCUGUCUGAGAUCGCUGGUGUGCUGGCAGCUGCUGGUGUGGGAAUAGAGUCUUUCACCGCUUCUGCUGCCUGUGACGGGGACCAGUGGUGUUGCGUUGGCCUGUCGUCCCCCCUCAGUGACCUGAGUGUCUUGAAAUCUGUAGUGAAUGAGGCCAAUCAGGUCUCAGUCUGAAUGCUGCACAGAGAGCUUUACACCAGUUACUGAGGAAUCACGUCUCAGUCUGAAUGCUGCACAGAGAGCAUUACACCAGUUACUGAGGAUACGGUUUAACAUUUCUCAGAGCUCACAAACGAGCCUCUAAAAUGUAGUACUUGUUUAAAGCAGCGCUAGGGCAUACUUUAAACAUGCAUUCGCUCCUGUUAGAUUUGUUUACAUGUAGGCUUAUCAAGGGUGUAAACUAAGAUAAAAGAAAUCUCAGACUUGCUAAGUGUUUAUAAUGUCCUGAAAAUAAAACUAACAUGAAAAUGU